CGAGGAGGGAGGGAGGGAGGGAAAGAGAGAGGGAGGUUCAAACCCAGUCUGUUUUACAAUCAAAGAGAAACAAGCAGUGCCUACAGAGUGUAGUGUGUCUGCAGGCUCUACACACACACACACUCUCUCUCUCUCAAAAAUCCUUCUCAGUCUCACUCACCAGGGACCCUAGCGAUUGGGGAAUCAAAGCUGCUGAUCAGAGCUGCAGGUUAAUCAGAAAGGAUACUCAGUACAGGACAGCACAACGUGGCAGAGGAUUGUGGUGUUAGCUAACAUUGGAGAUUUCCAUCGCCAGUCCCCUCUGUCUGGAUGAACAUUGCUACAGAGCGUUGAUGCCCGGAAUUCACCACUGUUGGGAGCUCUAAGCUGCUGGUUUCCUAUUGCAAGCUGUUGCAUUGCCUCUGGUAUCUGUCUGCCCCUAACUGAGCUGCUCUCAGCCCCUAUCUUUAAGGCUGCCUGUGUAUUGCUUUGGGACAUCCGUGUCUCCUGUUUCUGGUCGCUAUUGUAAGCAAUGGGAAUGACUUCACCUCUCACUCUACUCCUCCUGCUGCUGUGGUCUCUCAGUCACAAGUCUGUACUGAAGGCACAAGCCUCUGCACCUCCUGAUAGACACAGCCUCGCUGACCCCCACACCCUCCCAGCCCCAGCAUCUCCAGGGGAGGAUGUUGCUGAAAACCCAGGAGCCUCGAUGCCACUGGAUCCCAAGAAGAAGGGCUUCAAAGCCAAGGUGGAAAAGCCCAGGAAGAAAGUAAAGGCAGCUGAAAGAGACAAGAACCCAACAGAGGAAAAUCCCCCAGAUCCCAAACUCGGGGCGAUGCCCAUAAAACGGAGAGACACAGAUAACAAGGCCCUGAAGCCCAGACCAUCGAAAGCUCCUAAGAACACGGAGAAGGGGAAGAAACCCAAAGAGAAAGCGGCCAAGCCCAAGAAAGAGAAGAAUAAGAAGGAAAAAACACCCAAACCGAAGAAAGAGAAGAAAGUCAAAGAGAAACGUCCGAAAGCCGAGAAAGAGAAGAAAAAAAAGGACAGAAGUCCGAAAGCUGAGAAAGAGAAAAAAGGCAAGAAACCGGGUAAGAAACCUGGGAAACCCGAGACAACAACUCCCGGGGAGAAGGAAGAACACCCAGGUAUUCCCACCGAACCCAGCACAAAACUGGAAAAGCUUCUGAUAGAGGAGAAAACACCGGAGCCAACAAUUCCUCCGAUCGAGCCCAUUACUGAGACGCCUUUUGAAUAUUACUUCACAGAGAAAUACAGUGAGAAAUGGGAAUUCCCUGAGGAGGUUGAGCCCACAGAAGCUGCCAUUCCACCGCCUGAGAGAGAUUACUACGAUUACGGAAUAGAUGAAGAUGUCAAGUGGAGCAAACCAGAAGAACCGAAGGAACCACAUAGCAAGACGCUUGACGAAGAGAUAGGAGUUGAGAUCGAACUGGAGAUAGAGGAAGUGGAACCAGACUAUGAUGGAGAAUUGAAUCCCCUAGAACCAGAACCCGAUGAAUCCGAGCCUUGGGAAGAUACGUAUGGAGAACCUUGGGUGGAAACCUGGGAAGAGACUUGGGAGGAGGAAAAGCCAAAGCCUAAGAAACCGGGAAAGAAGUUUCCGGAAGAGAUAGAUCCAUACGAAGAUUUGGUGUCGAGGAUAAAAAAGUGUCCUCCCCUGGGCCUGGAAUCCCAACGUGUCGGCGAUGAUCAGCUGAUGUCAUCUUCUCAGCUCCGGUAUGGCCUCGGCCCACAUCGCGGUCGUCUCAAUAUGCAGGCAGGCCCAGAGCCGGAGAACGAGGAUGAAGAGGAAGAUUAUUUUGACGGAGCCUGGUGUGCUGGAACAGAUGACCAGUCUCAGUGGUUUGAAGUGGAUGCAAGAAAACUGACAGAAUUCACUGGUGUGAUAACCCAGGGCAGGGAUUCACUGUUGCACAAUGACUGGGUGAGCUCCUAUUUUGUGCAGUUCAGCAAUGACAGUCGUACCUGGAUCACGUACUCUGAUGGAUAUUAUGACUGGUUGUUUUACGGGAAUGUGGAUAUAGACACACCAGUCAUGAAUGAAUUCCCAGGCACCGUCGUCGCUCGCUAUAUCCGAAUAAACCCACAAACCUGGAAUGGGAGCCUGUGUAUGAGAAUGGAGGUGCUGGGAUGCCCAGUCACAGCCGUCAGACAGCAUCAGCUCAAUGAAGUAACUCCAGAAGCCAAUCUGGACUUCAAACACCACAAUUAUAAAGACAUGCGGCAGCUGAUGAAGGUUGUGAACGAGGAGUGCCCGAACAUUACCCGGAUUUACAAUGUUGGAAAGAGUUCCCAAGGGUUGAAAAUCUACGCCAUGGAAAUCUCCGAUAACCCAGGAGAGCACGAACUGGGGGAGCCUGAGUUUCACUACACAGCUGGGAUGCAUGGCAACGAGGUGUUGGGCCGUGAGUUACUGCUGCUGUUGAUGCAGUUCCUGUGCAAGGAAUACAACGACGGGAAUCCUCGCAUCAUGCGCAUCGUCGACCAAACCAGAAUACACCUCGUCCCCUCUCUCAAUCCCGACGGCUACGAACUGGCUGAGGAAAUGGGCUCUGAACUCAGUAGCUGGUCACUGGGAUACUGGACAGAGGAAGGCUAUGAUCUCAGUGAGAACUUCCCAGACCUCAACACGGUGAUCUGGGAGGAACCGGACAAGAGGACGGGCUAUUUCCGAAGAGCUCCCAAUCACCACAUUCCCAUUCCAGAGGAAUACGAGUCUGAAGAAGCCACGAUUGCAAUGGAGACACGUGCUGUCAUUAGCUGGCUGGAAAAAAAUCCUUUUGUUCUGGGGGCCAACAUUCUCGGGGGAGAACAAGUGGUGACCUUUCCCUACAACAUGGCCAAGCCUCAGGGUCAGGAGGAGGAAGACAUGAUGAGGCCGAUGGACAGGAACGAGCGCCGGUACUGGGAGGAUGAGGAGGACGAGGAGGGGGAGAAAAAGCCAAGUUACAUGAAAACCCCGGAUGACGUUAUCUUCCAGUGGCUCGCUGUCUCUUACGCCUCCACGCACCUCACCAUGUCCGAAACGUUUCGAGGGAAAUGCCAGACCGAGGAUUUCACUGACGGCUUUGGGAUCGUCAAUGGUGGAGCCUGGCGCCCAACUGUUGGAAGCAUGAAUGAUUUCACCUAUCUGCACACCAACUGCUUUCAACUCUCCAUAUACGUGGGCUGUGACAAGUUCCCGCAUGAAAGUGAGCUUAAAGAGGAGUGGGAGAACAAUCAGGAAGCGCUACUCUUUUUUAUGGAGCAGGUACAUCGUGGGAUUAAAGGGCUCGUGCGAGACACGGAUGGAAAUGCGAUUGAAAAUGGCACCAUCUCUGUGGAAGGCAUAUACCAUGAUGUGCGCACAGCAAGCGGUGGGGACUACUGGCGGCUACUCAACCCCGGUGAAUACCGGGUGACAGCCAAAGCACAGGGUUACACCACCAUAACCAAGGUGUGUCACGUGGGCUACGAGAACGAAGCCAAUCAGUGCAACUUUAUCAUGCGGAAAUCCAACUGGCACAGGAUUCAGGAAAUCAUGGAUAAAUACGGAAAAACGCCCAUCAAUGUGGUUCAGAUGCAGGGCAGGAGGAGAAGAAAGAAGAUUCGCAGAAUCCGAGUGCGCCCAGGAUAUCACAUGCGCCAGCGAAAUGCGACUUGGACAUUACAGUAGAUCUCAUGCCAGCUGGUCCAUGGAUCUACUGUGUGCGGUUGGUGGAAACUAAGAUCGAGGACCGUUUUGUUUAGAACCUAAAGAAGGUGUCAGGUGAGGAUUGUUAAUCUUACAAAAAAGUGCUUGUGAGAAGCAGGAUGUGCAACAGUGUUAAUAGCAGCGAUGUGAAUUGUCAUUCAUCAUUGGGUUUUACUAGACAAGUAAAAGAGAUUUAUUUGUGUGCCAGCUAUCUCCGUGAGCAGAGUCUGCUUUCUCUGAUCUACAACUACUUGCUGUGAAACUUAAAACUAUAAUCACAUUGAUGCAAACCAGCAAUAUUUUCUGCUUUCUCCAAAGGAUUUGUGUUUUUCACAAAUCAUUUAAUGGCUGUUUGUGGGGCACAAAAUGGCUGCUUUGUUCACCUACAAAAUAUACACUCACUACACUUCACAGUAAAUCCUAUGACGUUCUAUGUUAAGUCCUCCGACAUGAAAGGCGCUGUAUCAAAUAUAAGAAUUAGUAUUACUUAUAAAACCAUCCCUGAACUUAUUUGGCAAAAGGAAUAGACAGUCCUACAAACAGCUGUUUUCUGAGUUCCAUAGCCUUUAACAAUCAUGUUUGAAAGCACAUGGCAUAUAGCUGUUUAACUCUGAACCUUAAAAACAUAGGGUAUAAUUACAGGUUUCAUCAAUCAGCAAAAUGCUAUGUAUUUUUUUAUGAAGCUGGUUUCUUUAUUAAACACAGAAAGUGGGUCUUUGUAACAUACAUAUUUAGAGGUUAUAGCUCCUCCAAUAAAUCCCUUCCCUGACAAAUCUGUGGAAUGUAUAUAAUCAUAGAAUUUUACAGCACAGAAGGCCAUCCAGCCCAUCGUGCCUGUGCAGCUCUUUGACAGAGCUACCACCUAGUUCCACUCCCCCACUCUUACCCCGUAACCCUGCAUUUUUUUCCUUUUCAAGUACCUAUCCAAUUCCCUUUUGAAACCUGCUAUCGAAUCUGUUUCCACCACCCUUUCAGGAAGUGCAUUCCAGACCAUAACAACUCCCCGGGUAAAAAAAAAAAAUGUCUCCUCGUCUCCCGUCUGGGUCUUUUUUCCAACUAUCUUAAAUCUGUGCCCUCUGGUUACCGACCCACCCAUCUAUCUCUACCUACUCCAUCAAAACCCCUCAUAAUGUUGAACACCUCUAUUAAAUCUCCUCUCAACCUUCUCUUCUCGAAGGAGAACAAUCCCAAGGUUUGGCAAGCCAUCAAGGAACAGCGCAGCUAUCAGAUGUGCUAUGUGAUAUGCCAUAAAUAAAAUACUCCAAUACAGCAAUUUAUCCAUGAAUCCCGCAGGGAAUGUUGAUGUGUUAUUUGCACCAGGUGAGAAGAAAGGAUUAUGUCUAACAAGAUUUUAGUGCUUUCGUUGACUAGAGUUUUAAGAUUGUGUUAAAAAGAUUGCAUGCAACUUAGCUGUGCCUCUCCCACACCCCCUCCACACUCAUUCCAGAUGUGCAGGGAGCGAAUGCAACCGGAGAACAUAGAAAACCAGUGAUGUCUGAAAUCAUUCCAGGUUCCACAAUACAACCACAAUUUACUUGCAGUUUUAUCUGUCCGGUUGCUUAACAUUUGCAGCUCUAUGUCACUGCAAGUGAAAUUUCGUUACUGGUUAUUGUACAAAAUCAAAACUCUGGAAUAUUCUCCCUGGGGCCCUCUGCCUUGUCCCCUUCCUUCCCAUCUUCAGAUCACGCCUGAACACCUGCCUCUUCAACCAUACCUAUAGUCAUCUACCCCUUCCACCCGGCUCGGCGUCAGGCUCCAACACUGUCAAGCGUUCUGGGAAGCUCCCCUGCGUGAGGGACGCUAUGAAUGCAAAUAAAUAAAAUGCAAGUUGUUGUUGGUUUGGUAGCGAGAAGAACGUGGCACUUCGCCCCUGGAAAGGCAUGUUUAAACUUACUGGGUAGGACAGGAAUUUAAGCUUAUUCUUUCUGGCAGAUCCACACCAAGGAAUCUGCUGCCAGUUCUUUUUACACAGAUAUUAUAUAACAAGUAUUUUUUGGACCAAACGGCAAUGAACAUUCCGAAGGGUUGCUACUACAUGUUUGCCCUGUACAAGAGUUCCUUUAUGUUUUGCAAAUGUAUUCACACAAGUUAUUUUUUACAGAAUAAAAGGAUAUAAUAAAA